AUGGUCGUCUUCAUGUCUUUUAUUCAUUCUUCUAUCUUCAAGACGAGGCUCUUCAAUCCCGUCUACCAUAUAGGACAGAUUAAAUUCGAGACGCUGGAGAAUCUAAAAACAAUGACAACGAAGGAAAAACUGCGAGUAAGAUUUCUACGAAAAACUGAACUGUACAAUCCGGUUAAAUGGUCGGAAGCAUUUCAAGAUAAGCUGAUAAAAAGAUUGGAAUGGGACGGAGGAUACAAACAGUUUAGUAUCGAAUCCGCUUUCUACAUAUUCCUGGUUAUCGUUUUUUUGUCCCUAUCCAUAAUGCUGUACACCGGGGAACCUGUCUUAGUCACUGUCAGAUAUGAGAAGUUGCUGGUUGAUAAGUCUGUCAAUAAGACAAAGCUAUCCCGGUUUUGGGAGUGGAUGGAAGUGGUUGUCAACAACACUUACAGCGAGAACAACGAGUUUUACUUCCACGAUAAAUACGACAGCUCCCCUGUCUUGCUGAAACCGCUUUGCAUGCACCUCAUCAAACACAUACCAGAUAAAAAAACAAUAACAUGGAACGCCCUCUCUGACUCGUACGGUUUCUUCGACAACACAACCGUAUGCCUAUCCUUCAACAAACAAGUGGCCCUGGCUGCCAUACGCUACUUGAAAUACAACAGCUACUUUGAUAGCUCCCACGCAGCCAUAGUGGCUUCAGUAUACCUGCACGCCUUUCAUAAUGAUCUUCUUACAAACUUGCUCAUGUAUUUCGAAAUCACUCCCAGCGGUAUGACGAAAAUGAAGAUGAAGGUCACAAACGUAGAACUAUUUCAAGAUACGGACGAUAACUUCCUAUUCAUCUCCUUCAUUUUCUUCCUCUGCGCACUUUUCAGCACUGCGCACGUCAUUCAGAGAAUGGCCGUUUUCGGCUUCGGAAAUUUUGGCAUGGCCGGCCUGUGGUUCGUCUUCUUGAAGCAGUGGCAGGCCUCUCGCCUCCGAAUCAUCCACAGAUUUGAUUUCAACUUUGAAGAGUUCAGUCAGAUGCACGCGCUCUCCACGUUUCCAGCCGCCUUGCUCCUCAUGUUGUACUCGUGGCGCGUCUUCUACUACAGCUGCGUCAACGACAGCAUGAAUGUCUUCUUCUUCAUCAUCGGCAGGAGUUUGAGAACGUGCACUGCCUUCUUCCUUGCCUACACAAUAGUUGUGGCCGGGCUACUUUGCGUCACUAAUAUCUUGGCUACAAUCGACAUGCCGUUUUUGAGACUGCUGGCCAAAGGGAUGGUCCUGUUUGCCAGUGACUGCACCUUCCAACUCGGGCAGACCAGUUCUCAUCAGGCCACAUCCGUCAUCACUUUGAGAGCCCUGAUCUUUGCAACUCUGAUGCUUUAUAAGCUCUUCAGUAUUUCGGUCGUCACCCACCAUGCCGUUAUGCUCCACGUGUAUCCAGUUGAAUCGUCGGUGAACAGAUGGUACCUAAUGUUCAUGAUCGCACGGAUUAUGAGAAAGGAGGAGAAAUUCGUUCAAGUUAGGCAGACCUAUAUCAACAUGUCCAUUCAGAAAUCGAAGAUUAAAUGGUUUAAGAUUAAGCAGAAAAAAAAUUAA